AUGCCACCCAAGAUAGAAGGCCUCCUGGUUUUACUGCUGUUUGGCUAUGAAGCCACUCUGGGAUUAUCGUCCACUGAGGAUGAGGGCGAAGAUCUGUGGUACCACAAAGCAUGCAAGUGUGACUGCCCAGGCAGUGCCAGCACCUUGUGGUCUGCUGGCACCACCACCUUAAGCUGCAUACCGGAAUGCCCAUAUCAUAAGCCCCUGGGUUUCGAAUCAGGAGAGGUUACACCCGACCAGAUCACCUGUUCCAACGUUGGGCAGUACGUGGGCUGGUAUUCCUCGUGGACCGCCAGCAAGGCCAGGCUUAACAGUCAAGGCUUCGGGUGCGCUUGGCUGUCCAAGUUCCAGGACAGCAGCCAGUGGUUACAGAUAGAUCUGAAGGAGGUGAAGGUGAUUUCGGGGAUCCUCACCCAGGGGCGCUGUGACAUCGAUGAGUGGAUGACCAAGUACAGUGUGCAGUACAGAACUGAUGAGAGCCUGAACUGGGUUUACUAUAAGGACCAGACUGGAAACAACCGCAUCUUCUACGGAAACUCAGACCGAACGUCCACAGUCCAGAACCUGCUGCGGCCCCCCAUCAUUUCGCGCUUCAUCCGGCUGAUCCCCCUGGGCUGGCACGUCCGCAUUGCAAUCCGGAUGGAGCUGCUGGAGUGUGUCAGCAAGUGUGCCUGA